ACCGCGGGGACACCGACUGCGGGGAGGGAGCAUGAGACUGACAGGGGACACUGAGACUGCCCGACACAAGGCUUAGAGAGUGCAGAGAGCAGAGUGACAGCCCGAGAUCCACGCUGAGCCGGGGAUCAGAGUGACCGGGAUCCCGGAGGGAGGUGUGUGCGGCAACAGAGAGGAUGAGACUCCACUGACCCCCAUCCUGGGAGAGGACAGGUGCAGUACUGUGAGUUGAGAGAAUGGUGGUGCUGCAGAGCUACUGCGAGCAAAAUGGCAGCGUGUCCCAGGCCUGGCUGGACAGCGGCCUCUCGCCAUGCUUUUAUUUCACCCUGGUCCCGUCUGUGUUGCUCAGCUUCUCUAUCCUCCUGGGAACGGUGCAGUCGGCCUGCUAUGCCCAGCACAGUCGGACGAUGGAGCCCAAGUACAUCCCCAAGUCUCGCCUGUACCGCCUGCAGUUGGCACUGUCCGUGGUGCUGAUCCUACAGGCUCUGGGAGGUCUGAUCUGGCAGGCCGCGGGUGGCGAUGAGCUAUACGGGUACAUGAUUGUGUACGGCUGUCUCUAUGCGGGCGCCUGGGCGUUCAGCCUUUGGCUCCUUCACUUGGAGCGGACGAGGGCCUUGGAUCGAGAGAGGAGCAGGGGCCACGGGGCCGUUCUCCUGCUGUUCUGGGCCCUGGCGUUCGCUGCUGAGAACUUGGCAUUCAUAUCUUGGCAAAGCCCUCGCUGGUGGUGGAAGUCCAUGGACACUUCUGACCAGAAAGUGCAGUUUUCUCUGUGGACUCUGCGCUACAUCUGCACGCUGUUCCUCUUCACCCUGGGAAUUCUCGCCCCUGGACGCCCACGCAAACCGUACAUCAUCCUUAUCAAUGAAGAUGAGAGGGACGUUGAGAAUACACAGCCUCUUUUGAGGAAUGAGAACCAGUCGACAUGGCAGGGUUUCUGGAAGAAGGUGCGCCUCCUCGUUCCGUACCUGUGGCCGCGGAAGAAUGUAUUCCUGCAGCUUCUGGUCGUCCUCUGCAUGGGGCUGAUGGGUCUGGAGCGAGCCAUCAACGUCUUUGUCCCCAUCUUUUAUAAGAAAAUAGUGGACCAGCUGACGGAGGGAUCGGUCUGGCACACGUUGGCUCUCACCGUCUGCAUAUACGUACUGCUCAAGCUGCUGCAAGGAGGAGGAGCGGGUGCAACAGGGUUUGUGAGUAACUUAAGAACCUUCCUAUGGAUCCGGGUCCAGCAGUUCACAAACCGCGAGGUGCAGAUCCGCCUGUUCGCCCACCUGCACUCGCUGUCCUUGCGCUGGCAUCUUGGACGCAAGACGGGGGAGGUGUUGCGUAGUGUGGACAGAGGGACGAGCAGCAUCAACAGUCUACUGAGUUAUAUAGUGUUCAGUAUACUUCCCACCAUUGCCGAUAUUAUCAUUGGGAUCAUCUAUUUCACGUCUUCCUUCAAUGCCUGGUUUGGGUUGAUCAUUUUCGUCUGUAUGACUUUAUAUCUCACUCUCACCAUCAUUAUCACUGAAUGGAGAACGAAAUACCGCCGGGAUAUGAACACCAGAGACAAUGAAGCCAAAUCCCGGGCUGUAGACUCUCUGCUCAACUUCGAAACGGUGAAAUAUUAUAAUGCUGAAGACUAUGAGGUGAACAGAUUCAAUGAUGCCAUCCUGAAAUACCAGGUGUCGGAGUGGAAGGUUAAUGCUACGCUGGCCUUUUUAAAUCAGACCCAGAACCUUAUCAUAGGGCUGGGGCUGUUGGCUGGCUCGUUGCUGUGCGCCUACUUCGUCACUGAAAACAAGUUUAAAGUUGGUGACUAUGUGCUUUUCGGCACCUAUAUCAUCCAACUUUACACACCGCUCAACUGGUUUGGUACCUACUACAGGAUGAUUCAGAAUUCAUUCAUUGAUAUGGAGAACAUGUUUGAUCUCUUCAGUGAAGAGGAGGAGGUAAAGGAUUUGCCGAAUGCCGACCAGCUGAGGUUCCGCACUGGAAAAAUAGAGUUUGAAAAUGUCUAUUUCAGCUAUACAGACGGACGUGAGAUCCUGCGAGAUGUCUCUUUCACUGUGAUGCCGGGGCAGACUGUGGCACUGGUGGGACCCUCAGGGUCGGGAAAAAGCACAAUUAUUCGUCUUCUUUUCCGCUUUUAUGAUGUGAAAGGAGGAAGCAUCCGGAUCGAUGGGCAGGAUAUUACCACAGUUCUGCAAGCCUCUCUUCGCUCCCACAUCGGGGUGGUGCCUCAGGACACAGUGCUGUUUAAUGAUACCAUUCGGAAUAAUAUCCGCUAUGGACGCGUCAGCGCCAGCGAUGAAGAAGUGGAGCAUGCGGCAGCUGCGGCUGAUAUUCAUGAACGGAUACUCUCCUUCCCUGAUGGAUAUGACACACAAGUCGGGGAACGGGGUCUGAAGUUGAGCGGUGGAGAGAAGCAACGAGUCGCCAUUGCACGAACCAUUCUGAAGUCACCACAGAUUGUCCUUCUAGAUGAGGCCACGUCAGCCCUGGAUACUGAAACGGAACGCAACAUCCAAGCUUCUUUGGCCAAAGUUUGUGCCAAUCGCACUACAGUUGUUGUUGCUCAUCGACUCUCCACCGUGAUCAGUGCAGAUCAGAUCCUGGUUGUGAAAGAAGGACAAAUUCUAGAGCGAGGAAGACACGAGGAGCUCCUCUCUAAAGGCGGCAUCUACGCGGGAAUGUGGCAGAAGCAGCAGAGCAAUAAUGAGUGCUCCUCGGACUCCGAUUCCGAGAGGAAAGACAAAAUCUCGGAGAAGCUACAACAGCCCAAGCCAGCCCUAAGGAAACCUCACUAGACGGCAGCGUAAUGCCGCUUUGUGCUGCACGGCAAGCUGUGGACAAUGUUGGGUAGAGAAGAUUGUCCUCCUCGGCAUUCUGUAGGAAGUGAGAGGAUUAAUGGCAGUGAUCACAUCUCCUCCUAUUAGCAGAGGCAGGAAAGGGCCGUGCUGGAACAAAGCUUCUUUCAUAUAACCCAUGUUGGGAAAACGCUGCAGGAACCAUUUUUUCACAUUUAGGAUCUUGCAGGUUUGCCAAACGUGAACUUGGUGUAGCUCUUACAACCAUACCUUCUAGAAUCUGCAAAUCGGCCCAAACACUGGCACCUUUGUGCUCAUUGGCCCAUUGUGGUGAAUGAGGCUGCACAGGGUACUGAUAUUUCAAUUUUUGGUGGGCGUGGGCACUAAAACUGGUUUCUGGAAUCUGACAGACCGGAGAUUCCACUAGUGAUAUUUCCAUGCAGUAAAAUGUGUUUCUUCAAGUACAUCCUCCAAAGAACUUGACCAUCAGCUGGCUUCGAAUGAACAUGUGCUGCAGGGCAAAGUAAUAGGUUCACUUAAAUGCCCAACCGAUCCCCAUCCCUUGCCUAGUUGCUUAUACCCAUUUUUCCGUCACUGUCCCAUUGCUAUAUUUUCACAGUGGAGAAAAGAGAAGAGACGCUUUGUAAUUUAAGUUGGGGUUUGCGGGGAAAAAAUAAAUCAACAUCUCUAUGCUGCGGCUGUCCCACAUCCGCUCUGUGACCGAGAGCUGAGCAAUCACAUGGUUGCUGAUUGCUCAACUCUGUCUGAUCGAGCAGAGCGCAGUUAGUGUUGGUCACCGCUCUCCUCCUCCAGCGCUCACUGGCGUACCCGGCUACAGAAGCGGCGGGAGCAGAUGACUUUGGCUCUCAGCCACGUGUCAGUAAGGCAGCGACUCUGCUCUGUCAGCUGAUAGCAGCCAAUGGCUUUGGCCGUACUUCUCUUUUUAAAGUGGUUGUAAAGGUACCCGUUAAAAAAAAAACAAAAAAAACAUGUCAUACUUCCACUC